UCUAGCUCCGUUUAUUUAUUUAUUUUUACUCCUCUCAUACACCACUUUAUUAAGUAUGAGUUUCUCUGAGAAUUGACUGCAAAUUUGGUGAUAAAUGCUGCCCAGGAUGGCCGUCCUGACAUUAACUGUAGCUACUUUUAUCUGCUGGAUAAGUCUUGGUAGUGUAUGUGGAGCUGAGAAGAUUAUCUCGGACAACAUCACUCUCAUUUUGGACCGACUUUUGGACGGUUAUGACAACAGACUGCGACCUGGAUCUGGAGGUGGUGUUACGGAGGUGAAAACAGACAUCUUUGUCACCAGCUUUGGACCUGUGUCAGAUGUUGAGAUGGAAUACACCAUGGACAUGUUCUUCCGUCAGAUGUGGGUUGAUGAGCGGCUGAAAUUCGAGGGCCCUCCUGAAAUCCUGCGGCUGAACAACCGCAUGGUGGACAAGAUCUGGACGCCAGACACUUUUUUCCGAAACUCCAAGAAGUCCAUUUCUCAUAACACGACCACACCUAACAAACUCUUCCGCAUCAUGCAGAAUGGGACUGUUCUCUACACCAUGAGACUGACAAUCUCUGCAGAGUGUCCAAUGAGGCUGCAGGACUUCCCCAUGGACGGCCACGCCUGUCCUCUCAGGUUUGGAAGCUAUGCCUACACGAGCAGUGAAAUCCUUUUCACUUGGAGGAAGGGACCAGUAGCGUCUGUCGAGUGUCCCGCUGAGUCCAUGAGUCUUCUGCAGUACGACCUGGUGGGACAGAGUUUGUCCAGUGAGAUAUUCAAAUCAAACACAGGUCACUACUCUGUGAUGGUGGUCCAUUUCCGCAUCGUGAGGAAGCUGGGCUACUACCUCAUACAGACUUACAUCCCUCUUAUAAUGGUCGUUGUGCUGUCUCAAGUCUCUUUUUGGAUCAACAAAGAGUCUGUUCCUGCACGCACAGUUGCUGGCAUCACCACAGUGCUGACCAUGACCACCUUGAGCAUCAGCGCCCGUGAGUCACUUCCCAAAGUAGCCUACGCCACCGCCAUGGAUUGGUUCAUUGCUGUGUGUUUUGCCUUUGUGGCGUCGGCUCUCGUCGAGUUUGCAGCAGUAAACUACUUGGCCACCAUCCAGGUCAACCGUCUGAAGAGGCAAAAAGCUAGACAAGACAAACUUGAGGUGUUGGCUACCGGCAGCGAUGAUGACAACGCUUCGUCGGACAGCAACCCUCGGGAAGGCCUGAAGAGGAGAAACCACUCAGUGGUUAGUGAGGCUUCGCCGGUGCCGAUUUUCCUCCAGCAGGGUUCAGCUCAUCCUCAAAUCCCGCAGCUGGCCGGCACCAGCCCCAUUGACUCGUACGCCCGCAUGCUCUUCCCCAUUGCCUUUGGCAUCUUCAACCUAUUCUACUGGUACAUCUACCUGUCCAAAAACACCAUGGAGAGGACCAAGGACGCGGUUUUUAAAAACUGAGAGGACCUGGAAAAGGGCACGUGCAGCCGGAGAGACCUUCAGCAUCAGCCUCACCUCACCCUCCUCUCCCUCUUCUCUCUCUCUCUGUGUGAACAAGCUCUCAGCAGUCACUCUGCUCUCAUCUGACAGAGGAAAUGAAUCAGAAACUCAUUUAUUCUCCUGCCGCACAUCUAUUCAUUUCACAGGCUGUGACCACUGCCCACUUGUGUUCUGAUCAGUAGCUGAAGAGCUGCCCUUCACGGGCCUCAAUCACUUUAAAGCCCCGCCACGUACACACAACAACUUCUCGGGGGCCCCCGGACCGAGACAGACGCCACACACACACACAUACAGCACGCAUGACGCUCAGACACACACACGAGCCGAGAGAAACACAUCAAAAAGAAGUGCAUGAUAUAAUCUAUGAUGGCUGUAACUGGUGGUGAUGCAACAGUGAACCAAUGCUUUCAGAAGCCUGCCCUCUACAGAAGCACAGCUCCCACUACAACAAGAUCAAAGGCAAUUUAGAGGAGGCUCGCGUCCCUCCCCGCGGCUUCAAAAAUGUACUCAAACCUGAGAAAAUGAAUUGUGGGAUUGUGUUUUCCAUCCCACCUUUUCUGCUCUGGCGCUCUGGUGCUCCCUCUGCAUUUUCACAUCUACUGCAGGUUCCUCUGGAAACAUUGCAGGGAAGAAGAGUAGGAUAUAAUACCCAUGGGUGUUGAUGACAUUAAUUUUCUAUUUUUGUACGGAUGCUGCACGAUUGUUGGGCGCAGAUGUUUUGCAUAUGAAGUGUCUACCUGCACAGUUGGAGCGUUAUUCUCUUUUUUAGCCUCUAAACAUGUCCAGUAACAAAAAACUUGCUCUUAAGUUGACCACUUUAACCCCUCAGUGCAUCCCAUUGUUUGACCUUGUCAGUAGACAAACCCAUCUGCUGUGUAAUAAACAUGAGAAUAAAAACA